CCCCCGCUCCUCCCGGGAUUUACGGCGCUGCUUUGCACUAAUAAAAUGAAUGCAAUUUUUAAGACUUUGGGGGGUUUUAAGACAAUUUUUAAGACAUCUUUUUAUAUAAACGCCUGAAAAAAGAAAAGUAUUUUUAACUGACGUUUUUCAAUCAUGUCAAAGAUGUGAAUUCAGCUGAACUUUAGAGCUGGCACGAGAGCCUGUGUGGAGAAGUGAGAUAAGAUGCAUUUUCUAUAAGCCCUUUAUAGAUUUUCUGAAAUUCGGGUAGAGGACCGAGCAAUCAAACCAAUGUAACUUGACAAUGAAACUGUUGGUAUUUUGGGCAAAACCAGUACCGUCGGAACGAAAUUAAUUUUGGGAGUGCUGCCCAUUGUUUCCAUUCUCGUUCAGUACACUGUUAUAAAAGAAACAUACUACAGUUUGAUAAUUAUUGGGGAGCUCCAGCCCCCCGGCCCCCUCUUCCCCUCCCGGUUCUGACAGGCCUGAAAACGACAGAUGCAUUCCACAGAGCGCAUUUGGUAGGGGCAAGGUGGAAUUCUGCAGAACAGGAAGUUGCCAAGAACAACCAAGCAAUGAGACACAAUGAUUGUGUGUUUUUUGGAGCCAUUUACCUUGGGAAUUCGGCAGGAUGGUGGGAAUUCGGCAGGAUGGUGGGAUUUUGAUUUGUUUGGAUAAUGUCAAACUGGAGGUAUUGAUAUAGGAUCUGGCGUUCCAGCUAAUGCAUUGCAUCAAUUGCUAAGUGGGUUAGGAAAUAGAGAACUUCCGUUUGCUUUAUUAAAGCAACUUAACCAUCGAGGAGUGCCUGAUGCCACAAUAUUUCUCUUGAAUCCGCUAAAAUGUUGUCAAGCAACGUCUGAGUUUGGUUGUUCUUGCAUAGUGAGUAAAGAGAUCGAUGGUGUGAACACGCUCAGACAAGCCGCCCCUUCGAGUAAAGAGACACUUUGCAAAACUCUAUCUGGUGUUGUACAGUGCACUCAAAAGCCAUGGCUUUCAACCUCUUCGUGAAUAAGACAAAUUCCACACUUUUCUACUGUGAACUGAAUCCUGAAGAUCCUGACUGCUGGGCUGAUUACGAGCAUAUUCCUUUCAAGCUAACAAAUGGCAAAAUUAUCUCCGCCAUCGCAAUGUCUCUGCUGAUAAUUGUGGCUUUGGGAGGAAACAUUCUAGUAUGCACAGCCUUUUUUGUUUAUCGACGAUUACGUAAGACAACGAACUUCUUCAUAAUCUCCCUGGCAAUUAGUGAUAUCCUUGUUGCUACCGUAGCCAUGCCGAUGUGGUUAUCAUACGAAGUUACAGCCUGGCAGAACUUACCUGCUUGGAUAGACUUUACGACGUUGCUGCAAUUCUGGAAUUGGUUCGACAUCCUCGCUGGGGUCUCGUCCAUUACAAACUUGACAGCCAUAAGCAUUGACCGUUGCUUCAGUAUUAUGCAACCACUUUUACAUCGCACUCGCAUGACCAGCUCCAUUGCAAUAGUGAUGGUUAUAGCUGCAUGGCUAUACAGCAUCAUUGUUGCCUCCCUGAGCCUUGCAAGCCUCCAGAAUUACACUGCGAUUGUUUCUGCGGUUGGAUUUUUCAUUCCAUUGCUGGUGAUCCUCAUUGCCUACUUUCUAAUAUACAUCCGCGUUAAGACUGGUGGCUAUGGUGCGCAUCAAGAGAAAGACUGGAAUCUAGAGAGAACACUGAUAAUCGUCAUCAGUUUCUUCGUCGUCUGCUGGUUGCCGUUCUUUGCCUUCAGUUUGUUCUAUCACUAUUGCUUUUCCUGCCAGUUCAAACAAGAAACACUUGCCUACCUGAUCAGCUUCACAAAAUGGAUGCAUUACUUGAAUUCGUGCUGCAACCCAUUCAUUUAUGGCCUAUUCAACAUGAACUUCAAGAAUGCAUUUCGCGCCCUGUUCCGCACUUGCUUUUCUUCCUCCCCAGCAGAGAGCGAUUACACGAGCCCAGCUACAGAUGGCAACGAAACAUCACUGAAGCGCCAGAUCAAAAACUUGAGAAGGAAACUGCGACCGAAGAAACAUGAUAAAGACAGUUUUCUGCUGAAUGAUCCAGAAACUGCAUCUGUAUGUGUUACAACAGUGCCGGCAAGUUCAAAUCGCAACAGCAGCGCCUCUCAAGCAGCAUCCUCUGACAACAACAUCGCACCAUAUGACGUAGAGUCACUACUACCUGACGGAGGUGAUUCUGUUCAUUCGCAGAAGGGCCAUCUAAAGGACAGCAAGUAUCCACGAGCAAGCACAAACAACAAUGCUCAACAAAAGGAAUUCUCCUUUGCUAUUCAAGAUCCCCGGUUUUCUCUUGCGGGGUCCUCCGCAUCUGAAAAUGACAACGCCGAUAUUGCCGCGUUUCUGGAACAGCACAGUUCCACAAGCUCCGUUGCUGAUGCACAAAAAAUGAGCUUGCUUGACUCACAAGAAUCUUGUGUAUAGGUGUUCCUGAUAAAUAAGAUCUCGUUGACUUGGUUGAGCAAGGACAAUAUUAAAACAGACUUGCGUAACAUUAUGAAUUUAGUCGAGUCGUUCUAUAUGGUAAAAUUUUGAUUGAACCAUUGGUUUGAUUGCGGACAAACUUUUAGUGGUUCUGCAAGACUGGUGGUUGCUCUCUGAAAUCAUUGGUUUAAAAUGAUUCAAUGGAGAGAAAGAACUCUUUUUUGUACAAAAUGCACGCGAUGAAUUCUUUCGUACGUUUUUUAUUUAGACUGCAGAAACACAUAUGCACGACACAUUGCUGCUGCUAUUGUAUAAUUGUAUACAUAUUUUUGCGAAUUUUGAUUUUUCUUUCAAAGAAGGAACAAUUAUCAGCUAUCCAAGGUAGAUUCCUAGAUCUAUAUACUUCAACUUUAUCGCAGAACAAAGUUUCAUUCCCGAAGUCUGGCAGUUUUCACUUUGCUCAUACAGUUCAUAUUGAAGCUAAUGUUAAUUCAGAGAAGUGGAAUGUAAAUCCAUGCCAAGUAAAGGUCUGUUGUAUUAAUGUAGUUUUGUAUCUAAGCAUCGAUGCUUAAAGUUCAAAGGCUGUAUGGGGCCAGCCAAAACAAUUCUAACUGUUCUCUAAAAGACUUAAAAUAAGUUCAUUGCUAAAGUACACUUCCAUUAGAUGCAAUCCAAUCCAGACGGACUUUGGAAAAAUUUGAACCGUUCUGGGGAAAUCGACUUCGGUCUAGAAUUUUGCAGUUUAUGUCGAACUUGUAUAUAAAGUAAUAUUCUACCAACAGAAUGUCAUUUAAACAUUUUAACAAUAAUUUUUUGUAAUUUCUAUGCUUGUUAUAAUGCAGUCUUCCUAUUACAUAAAUCAGUGUUUUCAACAUUUUUCAUCCAUGGCACACUUUCACAUAGAAGAAAUCACAUGGAACACCACCAACAGAAAAUGUUAAAAAGUGAAUUUUAUUAUCCUUGGUGUUUUAUUAUCCUCAAGCUAAUUUUAUCUAUUUUUAUUGUUAUUGAUAUCUUCUCUGAAUCAGACUGUUUAGAGAAAACAUUGCAAAUAAACAUGUAUUUUCUAAAAGGCGCAUUUCACGGCAUCCUAAAGGCCGUGGCCUCAAAACAAUUUUAGUCAUGCUCUUUACAGCCCUCCCCCCUUUUAGACUGGUGCGCGGUGCCUGUCUGUUUCGAUGAACACAAGGUUGAUAUCUUGGCAGGAAUUGAAAAAAGAUGCGAUUUUUCCAAUUUUUAGACCAAUUAGGUAAAAGUGGAAAAUUUUCAUGGCACCCAAGAGAGUAUCUCAUGGCACACUAGUGCUCCGCAGCACAGUGGUCGAAAAGCACUGACAUAAAAAAAUGAAAUUGUCUAGCCCCUUGACUUUAAUAAAGAGCUUUAGGUUUUUUAUUGAUUUAUGUUAACGAUAUGUCACUUUUAUUCAAUGAAUUGCAUCAUAAUUAUUAUUUGCUGCUGUCAUUUUAUCUUUGUAAAUAAAAUAUAAUUUUCAGAUAUAACUUUCUUUAAUGAAUGUCUCGUGUUUUAGAUGGAGCGUAGCAUGCAUGCAAAGAACAGGUCAUGCAGUUUGUAAAAAACAGUAUAGCAGUUUAUGAUAUCCACAAACCGUACAUUUUUGUUUUCCAGUCCUAUUUGUUAAACAAUCACACUGCUGGCUCUGGUCAAAGGCAGGGUACCGUGGAAGGAGGCUCGAGAGGUUGACCCUUCCUUGUUCA